AUGUCGCAUCACGCCCAAAUUGAAGAAGUCUCCGACUCCGACCCCGAGGAGGUCGCCCCCUCCUUCGACUCAGAUGAUGAACUUCCUCGCAAUGCCAUCAUCUCACCCGCAAACAUCCCAAGCAAGGCCGCCCCGGCGCCUCAACCCCAACAGAUGCCCAUGCCGACGAUGCCCGCACCCGAACCUCAGCGCGAGAUUCCCAAGCACUUCCAAUGCCUGUACCCGGUCUACUUUGAUAAGACACGAACUCGCGCCGAAGGCCGCAAGGUCGGCGCGGAGCUCGCGGUGGAAAACCCUCUUGCCAGAGACAUCGUUGAUGCGGUCCAAAUGCUAGGCUUGAAUGCGGGCUUGGAGCCCGAGAAGCUGCACCCCAAGGACUGGGCCAACCCUGGCCGAGUGCGCGUUCAGUUGAAGAAUGAAAAUGGCCAAUUGGUGAACUCCAAGAUCAAGAAUAAACAUCACCUUUAUAUUCUCGUCGCACAGUUUUUGAAGGCUAACCCGACCACCGACCAAUCGCCGUACCGUUUACGGAUUCGUGGCUUGCCUAUGCCCGAGAAGCUGCCUGAAGCCCCAGCUGCUCCGCGUGGCUGGAAGAUUGGAAAGAUCCUCCCCAUUCACUCGCCUGCUUACAGCGGUGGUGGCGUCAGUGACAACCCAUUGAAGGAUGCCAUGGCCGAAAUGCAGGGUAUGCAGGGCCAACCUGGCAUGCCGCAAAUGCCCGACAUGGGAAAUAUGGCGCAGAUGAUGAGCCAAAUGGGUGGCAUGGGUGGACUGGGUAACAUGCUCGGUGGAUUAGGCGGCAUGGGUGGUAUGGGCGGUAUGGGCGGCGGCGAGCCCUCAGGAUCCGGCCCGGAAAAGAAGAAGAAGGAAAAGAAGAAGGGCAGAGGGCACAAGUCUCUCAUCGCAUACUUGUCAUCUAUAAAUGUCAGAAGCACAGGGAUCUUACAAGAUGAGCUAUCAGUUGGUGAGAACUUCGACGACAUCACACGAACGAAGUACGAGGGAAUCCUUGAGCGGAAGUGGACUUCAGUGAUGCGACUACAAAAACGAAUAUUUGAACUGGAGUCCAAGGUCGCCGAUCUAGAAACAAAACUCCACUCUGCGGCAGCCAGUCAUCCGCACGAGGACCCCGUCAACUGGCUACCUGAUGGAGAACCAAGGCAUGAAUUGCAAUCUCACCAAAAGCAAGUCACUUGUGUAGCUUUUCACCCAAUCCAUUCAUCUCUGGCCUCCGGGUCGGAAGACUGCACUGUCAAGAUUUGGGACUGGGAGCACGGCCAGUUAGAACGGACUCUCAGGGGACACAGAUUGCCUGUUACGGGGGUGGAUUAUGGAGGCCCACAUGAUCAUACACGACUAGCAUCGUGCUCGAACGAUCUGACUAUCAAGAUCUGGGAUCCGAGCAAUAAGUACAUCAAUGUGCGCACGUUAUGUGGCCAUGAUCACUCAAUCUCCGCAGUGCGGUUCUUGCCCAGUGGGAACCUAGUAUCAGCUGGUCGAGACGGUUCGAUUCGAAUAUGGGAUAUCAUCACCGGAUAUUGUCUCAAAACCAUUGAUUCACAAGGAGAUUGGAUCAGAGAUAUUUCGGUGUCUUUGGAUGGUGGCUUGGUGGUGUCUGCUGGCAAUGAUCGAAUGGCUCACAUAUGGGAUGUCUCCUCGGGAGAAAUUACGGCCCAAAUGAUUGGCCAUGCGGGCCCAGUCGAGUGCUGCGCAGUUGCGCCUCGGUCAAGUCAUGCUCAUAUGGCUGUGUUGGGGUCGACGAAACUGUCCGGACGAGAAGUCUUUGUGGCAACUGGGUCGCGAGACAAAAGCAUCAAGUUAUGGAAUGAGAGAGGGAGAUUGAUCAAGACCCUUGAAGGUCAUGAUACUUGGGUGAGGGGGCUCGGUUUCCAUCCUCAAGGCAAGUUCCUGAUUAGCGUUGGUGAUGAUCGAACAAUACGAUGUUGGGAUCUAUCUAACGAGGGACGAUUGGUGAAGACCAUUGUUGGUUCAUCUAGAUUCUUGACUUCCAUUCGAUGGGGACCUAGCAUACGUUCUGCGCAGGGGACUUCACAUGUUAUUGCCGUCGGGAGUAUAGAUACAAGUAUCCGGAUGUGGAUGUAA